CAAGUCGGACACAUUCAAAGGUGCACCACCAAUGUCAACUUCACAUCGACAUUACUGACCUGACCUCAUGUUUUGUAAUAACAUUGAAGGUACUGCUUCAUGAAGUAGACAGAGGACGCGUUGAAGAGAUUAUACCCUGGAACAUUUUCACGUUUUGUAUAGUGUUUCUGUUCUUGUGACUCUGAGCGGACAAGAUGCGCCUCACGCUGCAGUUGUUGAUCUCCCACGGCCGGGUGGCCCGGAAGAUGGGUCUGGGUCCGGAGUCCCGGAUCAACAUGCUGCGGAACCUUCUGACAGGACUGGUCCGGCACGAGAGGAUCGAGACCACCGCGGCCCGAGCAGAUGAAGUCCGCUUCUACGCUGAAAAGCUGGUUGACUAUGCCAAAAAGGGAGACACUGAUGAGAAGGCGAUGAAAAUGGCCAGUUUUUGGCUCACGGAAAAGGAUCUGGUUCCAAAGCUUUUCAAGGUCUUAGCUCCACGGUUUGAGCCUCACUCAAAUGGAUACACACGGAUGGCACGCAUCCCAAACAAGGAGAACCUGGACAAAGCCAAGAUGGCCGUCCUGGAGUACAAAGGCAACCCCUUCCCGCCUCUGUAUCCUGUGAAAAAGAAAAACGAACUGGCACUCGUCAACCAGCUUCUCAAAGGCUACAGAGAGGAGAGGGCAAAAGCUUGAUCCUGGAUCAGUGAUGUGCUGACGGAUGAUGGUCGGGUGAAAUGCUUUCAGACGCUGCAGGUUAUAGACACUAUUUCUUCCCCAAAAACAGUUCCAAAGCUCCUGUGUCAAUGUAAGCCAAUGACAUUUCUGUAAAUGGACGAUUAUUACUGAUUAUGUAUAAAUAAAUAUUAUUUCUUAAGAGAA